UCCAAAGCGGAUAAGAUUACUAAAACACAGAUCCCUUAACACACCAAACCCUAACCCCCGCAUCACUCACUUUCCUUCUUCUACUCACACCAAACCCUAACCCCCGCAUCACUCACUUUCCUUCUUCUACUCACACUUCUCACUUGUCACAACCGACCUCUGAUCGAAAAUGGGUUUCAAACCCUAAUCUCCAAAAUUUUCAUGUUCCCCAUUUUUUUUCCCCUUUUCUUUCGGCGUGAGAACUUUUGAUCUACAAUUUUGGCAAUGGUUCGAAGGGAUAUAGAUCUGUAGAACUUGACGAUGCUUGUUGGAUUGUCUUCGGAUCUUCUUCGAAUUUGUUCUACUCUUUUGGACGACGAGCUUGUGAUCUUUGAUUGGUAGAUAUGUGGCUUGUUGGUGAAAAAGGCUUUUUGUUGCUUUUCACAUUGUUUUGAGUGUAACUUGAUCUGAUUAUGUUCCACUUUCCAUCAAAGCUUGCACCUUUGGAUUUCAAAGCUUCUUCAUCAAUGGUUAUUAGCUUCUGUUUAUGGAUAAACAUGUAAAUUGAAGUGUAUUUGAAUGUGGGUUGGAAGGUUUGGAUUGUUGUAGAUAAACUGUUUGAUGUAAAGACUGAAAAAGAAAGUAUUAAGAUGUCCUUUAAGAGUAUAAUUCAGGACGUGAAGGGUGAAUUGGGAAGCAUUUCUAGAAAAGGGUUUGAUGUGAAAUUUGGGUAUGGGUUGAAGUCGAGGUCGCUCCGGGUGGUUCAGGAUAGUUCGGUGGUGGUGGUUGAUGCUUUGAAGCAGAGUCGUUGGGCAAAUAUGCCUCCCGAGCUUUUAAGGGAUGUCUUGAUGAGGAUCGAGGCUUCGGAGUUUACUUGGCCUCCUAGGAAGAAUGUGGUUGCUUGUGCUGGUGUUUGUAGGAGUUGGAGACAAAUCAUGAAGGAAAUUGUGAAAACCUUGCAAGUUUCGGGGAAAUUGACAUUCCCAAUAUCCUUGAAGCAGCCCGGUCCAAGGGACUCUCUUGUUCAGUGUUAUAUAAAACGCAAUCGUAGCACCCAGACAUAUCACCUUUACCUCAGUGUAAAUCAAGCUUCAAGUGAUGAUGGGAAGUUCCUUCUAGCUGCACGCAAGUGUCGGCGUCCGACAUGCACAGACUACAUCAUCUCUUUAAAUCCUGAUGACGUAUCAAAGGGGAGCAGCACCUACAUUGGGAAGCUGAGAUCAAACUUUCUGGGGACUAAGUUCACAAUCUAUGAUGCACAGCCUCCCAGUGCUGGAGCCAAAGUUGCUAAAUGUCGUUCAACCAGACUUGUUGGAAUGAAACAAGUCUCCCCCAAAUUCCCUGCUGGGAACUAUCAUGUAGCCCACAUUUCAUAUGAGUUGAAUGUCUUGGGUUCCAGGGGACCAAGGAGGAUGAACUGUGUCAUGGAUGCCAUCCCUGCUUCAGCUAUUGAGCCAGAGGGAGUGGCCCCCACACAAACUGAAUUCCUGCUUAGCCAUAUGGAUUCCUUUCCAUCGCUUCCGUUUUUUAGAUCAAAAUCAACUCGCAUGGAGAAUUUCCAAUCUGGACCUUUGUCCACCCAGAAAGAUGGGAUGCUAGUCUUGAAGAAUAAGGCUCCUAGAUGGCAUGAACAACUCCAGUGCUGGUGUUUGAACUUCAAUGGGCGGGUGACAGUUGCAUCAGUGAAGAAUUUUCAGCUGGUUGCCUCUGUGGAGGAUGGAGCUGCUGGGCAAGAGCAGGAAAAUGUCAUUCUACAGUUUGGGAAGGUGGGAAAGGAUGUGUUCACCAUGGAUUAUCAGUAUCCAAUCUCAGCAUUCCAAGCAUUUGCAAUCUGCCUCAGUAGCUUCGACACCAAGAUUGCUUGUGAAUGACUGGCAUACAGGUGUUGCCAUUUAUGGAAGUUCUUUUGGAAGGCAAUUGUGUGCUGUGGUAUGUGGGUACAGUGCUACGAAGCUUCCGGGGUCUGGGAGACUUGCAUUUCUUCCUUUGAUUGCUGUGUGAAUAGUUGGUUUUCUUCUCUCUCCAUUUUUUCCCCUUAUGCCCUGUACAUAAGAAUUGAUCGUAUCAUGAGUGAAACAUGGCUGAUCUUUUUUAUUCUCUUGUAGAAUAUGCUUUAACCCCGUUAUUUUCUGAGAAUUUGAUGCCUAAAUUGUGCUUGGAGUUUGCUGGUAGUGUACCACACCGGCGCCUUUGUUUAAUUUAAUAUUGUGUCUUCUCUCGUUGCUUCAAUGGGAGAACUGUAUCCCCUCCCUUAAAUCAGGAUUGUCUGUAUCACAUGCAAAAUAUAGCAUACCUGGUCAUUUGAUUCUCUUGUAGACAAUUAUUUUUUUAUGAGAAUUCAAUGACUGAAUUGUUUGUUUUGAGUUU